AUGUCGACUCCUGUUUGGAAAAAGCGAUUAAUAUUAUUGUUGGGUCUAAUCGAGAACCUGGUGUUUAGUGGGACUAUAUUUGGCUGGUCUGCCAUGAAUUAUAUGCUUAAAUCCGAGCGGAUCUAUCUGGAUGUCUGUGAUCAACAAUUGCCUCAAUUUCAAUACAAAAAUGUCAAAUAUUUCAAUAAUAAUAAUAAUAAUGAAACAGAAAAAGCAGUGAUAAUGAAGCGGAAUAGCGAUGAAAGAAGCAAUCGUUUUAUGCAAACAUUAAAUAAUUUGAAUAAAGAGUUUGUAAAUCUAUUGCUUAUCGAUGAAGACAAUGAUUAUAAUAAUAAUAAUAAAACUGAUAAUAAUAAUAGUAAUAAUAGUAAUAAUAGUAAUAAUAAUGGGUCUCUAUUGCAACAAUUUGAGGCCUAUCAGGUCGAGACUACAUUUUCACUUAUAUAUAAACAAACGGGAUGUAUAGCUCAAGACAAAGUGCUAAACCUGGUGUUCACUAUAGGAAUAUUUUGUAUGGGAUUGUCUGCAUUUAUUUGGGGCUUUUUACUCGACAAAUGGGGGCUCCGGGUGGUCAGGAUUAUUAUCAGUUGUUUACUAGCAUUUGGAUCAUUGUUUCUAUGUUUGACAAAUCGAGAUAGACCGCAUCUAAUAUUUCCGGCAAUAGUAUUGUUAUGUUUGGGUGGAGUACCCCUACGCAUAGCAAACAUGCAAUUUGCUAACCUAUACCCCAAUCGUCGGUCAACUAUUAUCAGUCUAUAUUCGGGUGCUUUCUGUGCGUCGGCCAUCAUAUUUGUCGGACUCAAAUACCUGUACGACAUAGGCUUCUCCUAUUUUUCUGCCGUCUCAUUGCUAUUCCUAUACAGUCUAUCGAUGUUUGUCUUUACAUUUCUGGUAUUACCCGCCGAUAAAAUACACGAAGAGACCGCCGAUGCUUCAGAUGACGAUAACAAUAUCAAAUCUGAUGGAAAAACUAAACAAAAAUUAUCACUAUUUGCCAGAAAUCAUAUGCGAUCCAGUCUUUCAUUUAUAGCACCGGUAACUCUUGAAAAGUUUACAUUUAUAUCGUCGUCACCGAUGGCUACUAGAAAAUUGACAAAUUUUUCGGCUAUUAAUGAAUUAAAUGUUAAUAAUAUAAAAAAUUCUGAUCUCAAUUAUUUCAACAAUAAUACCAAUAGUAAUAAUAAUAUUAAUAGUAAAAAUCAUAUUUAUAAUAUAAAUCAUUACAAUAAUAAUGACAUUAAAGAGACCCCAAAUAAGAUGUCUUCAGUACCGGAAAAAGUUGUUACCGUCGCUGACACCAGUGUUCCGCUUAAGAUAUCAUUGUAUUCGUUGGCAUUCAAUCUACACAACUGGUGGUUCUCGUGGUUCAUAACUUAUAUGGUCUUAUAUGUCGGUUCACUGAAUCUCUGGCUACAGCGGGUGACCACCGAUUUGACUAUUGCCGGUAAUUUUGUCAAAGUCUACGGAGUCGCACAAAUCCUGGCACUGGUAUUGUCACCGAUUGCCGGACUGCUGUUGGACUGGAGUGUCGACAAAGCCAACAAAGAGACGGAUCUGUUUGUUAGGAAACUAAAGCGCGUGAGAGCCGGCUUUUGGCCACUGUUUGCCACCUCUUUGUUUGUCAGCGUUUGUCUGUUGUGUCGAUUCUUUGACACCGAGUCUGCCAUUUAUACAUCGAUUGUAUUUAUGACAAUAUUUCGGGCAUUUAUGGUAGCCGUCGCCACAUCUUAUAUCAGGAUUAGAUUUAAUGGACAACAUUUUAAUCGACUGUUGGGUAUUAUGAGCACCAGUGCCUCCAUAGUGUCAAUACUCCAGUUCCCUCUAUUUGUUUGGGAAUCUCAAUAUCCCAGCAGUGCAUUAUGGGUGAAUAUAUUUAACUGUUUUUGUACUGCAAUUGCAUUUAUAAAUCCAUUAUAUUUAUUAAUAACUCCUUUGCAAACAUAUUUGUUGCGAAAAGAGGAGGAACUGGAAGCUGAAGCCAAAUAUAAUUAA